ACAACAACAACAGCACAACAACGGAAGACACGUUAGACAAAUGUUAUUACUGCAGACAUAAUCGUGUUUUAUCUCUUACCUGGACCGCUUGUGUUGUGUUUCUGUUGAGACGUUACCUCCACACCCAUUUCAACACGAUGCAUUCACUGCAUUUGCUGGUCAUAACGUUACUGGACAUGUCUGGAGGUUGCGUGAGGUGGAUGCUGAGGCGUACGGUGAGAGCUGUGUGUGGUGGCAGCCCUGGCUACUGGACACCAGCAUCAAGAUUUGCCACAUGCAGCGAAAGACAUAAUGUCAUUGCUACCUCGUGGAGAUGUUCCCCCUUCUCCACUGCUGUAGGUGAUGCAGAACAGACCCCUGUAACAAAGGGAAAAAAGCAGGAUUUCCAAGCUCCUGACACAAUCAGCUCCGUUGGCCGUCACAUCCCGCACGUUCACAUACAUUUGAUAAGUGACACUGGCGAGGACCUGGGCAAAAUGCACCGUGGGGAUGCGAUCAGAAUCAUGGAAAAGAGUGGCCUCAAACUGGUGCUGCUCAAUAAGAAGAAGGAUCCUCCUGUCUACCAGCUGCUGAGCGGCAAACAGAUCCAUGAAGAGCAGCUGAAACUGCGCGAGAAACAGAAAACAAAAGCAGCUCCUGUGCAGGUGAAAGAGCUCACCUUUCAUUCUGGCAUCACAACUCAUGACGUCAGCGUCAAACUGAAACAAGUGGAGAGCUGGCUGGAGAAGAAGCACCAUGUCAGAAUUACUCUGCGAUCAGGACGCAGGGCACCUGCAGUCAACCUGGACAAAACACUGGAGCAGAUGAUACAACAAAUGGGGGUGAUGGUGGGGUUUGUUAGCAAACCACAAUGCAUACGUGACGGUAAAGCAGCCAUGUGCAUCCUCAGACCACCUUCAGCAAAGGAACUGUCACAAAAGGCGAAGAAUGACGCCGCAGCUUCGCGGCCGGCAGACUCCAGCUCGAAAGCCUCUCCGAAAGAAACUGUUAGCAACACGGAUACGACAGAAGGGCCUGUACAGCAGUGAUCUGCAAUAAAACAUUUUCACACAAAAAAAAAGUCUGCGCUGGAAUGAAAUAGUUUGUUGUUAAUUCCGUAGUUAAGCUCUGCUUGUGUGCUGGGUGUGUAAUAAUGAUGCAUCCAGCAGACCCGUCAUUAGUCCUGUGAAAGGUUCAUCUUUGUGUGCCAAGUCCAGAGCUACACCGGUGAAGACUUUUUUUGAAUGAAUGAAUGCAUGAAUGUACGUGUGAAUUGGGCCUCAAAUGAGACUUCAGUUUGACUUCAGCUGUCGUCAGUUCUAAUGCAACUGUA